UCGUUCGAGAUUUAUGGGUGCGUCUUCACCGUUUCUAAUCUUCCGCACCUAACCUCACAUCGUAUGGUAUAUGUCGUAUUACGGUAGCAACAUGGAUGUGGACACAGCGAGCGACAAUACAUCGAUCGAUGACAAGAUAGAUGACUUUUGCGAAAAUCCCACGCGAGAUGCAUUAACAGAGGGUCUCAUGAGCCUUCUGAAACCUACAGUGGACCAACUGGAUGAUAGAAUUCGCGCUACAAGAAUAUGUCAAAUUGAGUUGAAGCAACGGAUUGAAUCCCUAACAGAGGAACUUCAAAAAAUCAACGAAGCAUUGCAGUAUCCGCUGGACACAGAUUCCUAUGUAAAAAAACUAGUUAACGCUAAGCAUAAGAUUACUAUUGUUAGCAAUAUUCUGCAAAGUACCCAAGAGUGCUUGAAUAAGGUGCAUCAAGCUGUUGAGAAGAGUACUGCCAAACGAAAAACACUACUAGAUAAUAGUUCUGCAUAUAACAACACAAGUAUCGAAGCUGAUAAAGAAGAACCAGCUACAGCAGAGACUGAUAAGCAGCAAUAAUUUCCGAUAUUAAACCUA